GAGACAAAAACCUUUGACGCGGAUGUAACCUGUAAAGAUAGCACCACCUCCCGAUCCUUUUGUUACCCUGUGAUAGCCUGGUAAUUUGUACAUAAGUGUACUGAUUUCAGGGAGAAGUUGCUUCUUCAGACUCACCAUCACUUCUGACGGGACCCUCCGGAGGAAAAUAAUCAAUUCAAUAUUGAUACACUCCCAACUAAAAAGUAAUUUUACAGGGACGUCACAAUGCUACGGAUUUACUUGUGCUUGAGUGUUGUUGUCAACGUGGCCGUCUCGCAGGAAGCUGAGGAACCCAUCUCAUACACGUGCACAGAUGGCUAUACAUUUGACAUGGAACGACAAGAAUGCAAAGACAUCAACGAGUGUACCACGGUGCCCGACGCCUGCAAGGGCGGCAUGAGGUGCAUCAACCAUUUUGGAGGCUACUUCUGCCUGCCUCAGAAUGCCCAGAUCAUCGUCAGUAAUGGUGACGACGAGCCCACCGUGGCCCCUCUGGUGGAGGAACAGCGUCCUCUGGCACCCGCCCCUGCUCUGCCUGUCCGACGGGUCAUCCAGAGCCCCUUCCAAAGCCAGGGCACCAUGCAGUGUGCCACGGGGUUUGUGGUGGACGAGCUCAACUACUGCCGUGAUGUGAACGAGUGUGAGGGGAGCAACCCCUGUCAGCACCAGUGCUACAACAUCAUGGGCUCCUUCAUCUGCCAGUGUGAGCAGGGUUAUGAGCUAGCCUCUAACCAAGCCUCCUGCCAAGAUAUCGACGAAUGCGCCUUCUCGAGUUACAUGUGCCAGUGGCAGUGCGUGAAUCAGCCUGGAGGAUAUGUCUGUGCCUGUCCCGAGGGAUACCAGCUCCAAGGCAACCGAAUGUGCCAAGACAUAGAUGAGUGUGAAACAGGAAACAACUGCCGCGAGGACGAGAUGUGUUGGAACUACUUUGGCGGUUUCCGCUGCUACCCCAGGAACCCUUGCCAUGAGCCCUAUGUGAAGACAGGAGAGGGGCGUUGCAGCUGCCAGUCCCCCACAGUGUGCAGAGGCCUGCCGCCGUCCAUCGUCUACAAGUACAUGAGCAUCUCGUCGGAGCGCUCCGUCCCAGCCGACAUCUUCCAGAUCCAGGCCACGAGCGUCUACCCUAACAUGCUCAACACCUUCAGGGUCAAGUCUGGCAACGAGGGAGGGGAGUUCUUCCUCAGGCGCUCCAGUAACGUCAGUGCCAUGCUGGUGAUGACCAAGCCGCUGACCGGACCGCGAGAGCACGUGGUCGACCUGGAGAUGGUCACCCACAACAAUGCCCUCAACUACCGCUCCAGCUCUCUGCUCCGGCUCACCAUCAUCGUGGGACCCUAUGCCUUCUAAGUUCCAGUUAUAAAUUGCUCUUAGGCACUGAUCUUAGAUCAGUUUACCUGUCCCCAUAUCUCAUAUUAUCCAUUAGUGGAUAAAAUGCAAAACUACUCAGCCCUCUUACUCCCUGCCAGACCCUCACAAGGCCUAACACUCUCUGUACUGCUUGGAUCUAAUAGAGAUAUCCACAUACUCCAUGCAUGGGUUUCCCAUUCCUGGUCCUUGUCCUGUUUUGGCCAGCUUUCAUUCAAAUUGAUGGCUGUAUAAAUUGUGAUUGAAUGUAUAUUGUCUAAUCUGCUGGUUGAGCACUGGACUGGGUGAAAUUGUUUUGUUUUAGCUCAAAGUGUGUAUUCCUUUCUUAGAGAAGGAACCAUUGGAUAAUUGCAGUGAAAACCAACACACACACACAGAGCACAUACUGUAGGAGCAGGAGGGUGAAAUAGCCAGGCCACAAAAUAGUUAUUUUAUGCUUCACUGGCUAACAAUGACAUUGUAAGAGCAUAACGUGACUUAAAUUGAACACAGGUCCUUCUUAUUCAUUGCAGAGUAAUAGGAGUUCUCAUUACAUUGAAAUCUUUGUGAAAUCUCAACCAUAGUCUAGUCAAGAUGUGUUUUCCUGUAGAGAAAUGCACAGUGUUUGAAAUUACACUUGCCCUUUUUUAUCUUUUACCAUAGUUGCCAAGUGAGGUUCACAAUCACAUCGUAUCCCCUUUAAAGAUCACUGAUUUUGUUUGUUUGGAGAGCUUUUCACUUAUGUGGUUGAAAAGAAAUGUACAGUAAUGCAAUGUGAUGUCACUAUAAAUACCAAUUGUCUUUGAAAAGAGACAUAUCUGUUUCAGUUUUCUUGAAGAGAGAUAAUCUCUUGGACGGACUUCGAGUUUCUGACCAAAUUACAUGAGAUUUUAGUUCUGGGUUAACCGAGAUUAGAAGAGAGACAAAGGUACCUAAAACAGUCAAGCUUAUUGGUGAAGUGUGAUUUAUUGGGUUACAAUUGUAGUGCGAGGACAGUGAUGGAACCGUUUGCAAUGUGUUGUAAUCUAAUGGCAUCCUUAACGAAUGGAAAUGUAUGAUCACGUCAACCCCCAUCGGAGAGUUGCUCGGCAACCUCUGCCCAUUGGGAAUAAAGCAAUAACGCUUUUGGACGCAAAAAUGAUACUUUUCAGGAAAUCAUUGGCAGUGUUGUUUGGUCGUACAGGCAGGGGAAUUGUUGCUUAACAUGUCUGUAUGUGUGCCAGAGUGCCUUUUGAUCCUGCACAGCAUUUCCAGUCAACGAUCUGCAACAAACAGUUAGGUCAUUUCAUCACAGAGUGCCUUUCAUAAGGAGUCAUGGUAUCACAAUUUGAGAUAUCUCGGGUUUUUAAGUAGAGGAUUUGACUCCAUGAGAUUUUUGGAAAUAAAUGUCAUGCUUGACAAUCAACAGGGAAGCUCAAUUCAAUCAAAAGUUUUCCACUUCCAAUAACAUGCCAUUUCAACUGUGUAUGUACUAUAUAUAGGUAGGUAGUGUAAUUACAGUAUUGCAUAUCUCUAUGGUUUUAACAGUCAAUUUGAGCAAAUGUCUGUUUGUAAAAAGUGUUAAGGAGGUAACAGUUGUAGACCUAUCAUAAAUAACAAUGUGUACCUACACUGUGGUUGCAAUGUACCUGCCUAUAUAAUAUACCUAUAUAACUACCAUGUAGAUACAUAGUUCUGGCAACAAUAUUAUGUGGAACCACAUGUGGCUACAUAUCAAUAUGAAAAUUAUUUCUUGGGGUGAUAAUAAAAUGUAAUUAAAGACUGAAAAUUGCCAAUAAAAAUGUCUUAUUUUAUAGGCAGGAAGAACACUUGUAGCUCUAAUAUACUGCUCAAAAAAUAAAGGCAACACUUAAA